AAUAAAUAUAACGUGCAGCAAUCUCCAUCGAUCAAUACUUCGCCUACGGCUCUCUCGCAAUGGUGAGUCGGCGUGCACCAGCUUCGAGGGACGGAAAUGAAAUUCUCGACACUCGAGGCGACCUGUGGCUCAAGACCGAUCACCACCGCGUCUGCGGCAGAGACUUUCCCGCUCGCCAUUUCCUUGUAUGCCCCAGAACAGUCGCUCGGCACUCUACAGUUUUAGCUGAGAUCCUCUUUCGUGAUGGCGGCCGAACACCCUCGGGUUCCGAAACUGCCAACACAAGCGCUGCUGUGGAGACGAAUCCUUCCUGGGUCGUCCACCUGCCUGAAGCCAUGUCGACGCCGCUGAAGUGGUUGCUGCAGCUCAUGCACGGGCAGUUCUGUCAGCCUAACGCCUACGGCAAGCUGCUAAUGGAUCGAUACGAGAUUGUGGUGCUCGCGGACAAGUAUUCAUGUCUGAAGCUCUUGCAGCCGUGGGCGAAUAUCUGGGCAUUGGAUCUUGAUCCAUACCGAGCAGUCGCCCCCAGAGUCCUUUGCCGUGUGGCCUGGCUCUCGUACAAGCUCGGGGAGCCCAAGGUCUACUCUGCAGCCAUCAGACGUUUAGUGGUCAGGUUUCCUGCCGAUUCGGAAGAGCUCGAGCUCGCAUUGGCGUCAAUGACAUUGCCUCCGAGUCUGGAAGACAGUAUCUAUCACGAACGAUUGGCACAUAUCACCCUGGUGCUUGAUGAGAUACAGCAAUGCCUCGAUGAGUUGAUUGACAUCAACUUGAAACCUUCGCCGUAUUGCCACCUCGAGGGCGGCCGUGGCUCGAAGACCAUAGAUUGGGAUGUAAUUGACUGUCAUGCAAAACUUCUCGGCAGCCUGAUCCAGAUCUUGGCGAGAGACAAAUUGUGGCCAUUACCGAAGCCAAGCGGACUUACUGAUCUGAGUCUGCGAGAGCUCGGAUGCACAGUUUCUGCAAUGGCAGAAUCGUCCAAGGCACGCCGGUCGUACAAUCUCAUCAAGAGCGCACACAUCUCAUGCGCUGUAUCAUUUCCUAGAUUAACCUUGGACCACCCUGAUCCGAGCCCGGAUUAUGCCUCCGAAGAUUCCGCCACCGGUACUUUGACGUCGCAAGAGUCUAGGAGGGAACAAGCUGACCUUUCCGAUGAGGAGUAUGAAGUGCACGUGUCACUCGGGUAUUUCUACCGACUUACGGCUUCCGAGCAAGAGUAUAUGGCUUCGCAGGCAAGGCUAUUCGAUCGAUGAGGAUGGUCACGAUGGUCUAGUAUUCGAAUGAACUUAGUAUAUCCAUA